CCUCGACUUGCCUUGCGGACUACCAUCCAUAUAUUAUUGCUCUUUUACCGUCCGUCUUUGUCUUGUGAUUCAGCGCGUUUCAACCUGCGAAGAUUUGCCUUCCCAAUAUAGUCUCACUGUCUCUACGAAACUCGGGGCGAUCCCUUGCGACGCUCAAGAAACAUUAAGAUAAGGAGAUGUACCCUCAACAUGGUGCCGUGAUGGCGCCUCCUCAGAAGCCUGAGACCUUUAUGCUAUCCAGUGAAGCUCAGCAAAGUCUGCCUCAAGAUGCCCAAGUUGCUCUGCAGCAAGUCGAUAACCUCAAAUACUUUUUGAUAUCAGCCCCCGUCGACUGGAGUCCCGAUCAACUCAUCCGACGCUUCCUCCUUCCUACGGGUGACUACAUUUCUUGCGUGCUAUGGAACAACCUUUUCCACAUUUCCGGAACCGACAUUGUUCGAUGUCUAUCGUUCCGCUUCCAGGCGUUUGGCCGUCCGGUCAAGAAUUCGAAGAAGUUCGAGGAAGGAAUCUUCUCUGAUUUGCGCAACUUGAAAUCCGGCACAGAUGCGUCGCUUGAGGAGCCCAAAAGCCCGUUUCUCGACUUUCUAUAUAAGAACAACUGCAUUCGCACACAGAAGAAACAAAAGGUUUUCUAUUGGUAUAGCGUUCCACACGACCGCCUGUUUUUGGACGCUUUGGAGCGCGACUUGAAAAGGGAGAAGAUGGGCCAGGAAGCUACUACAGUGGCUGUGGCAGAGCCAGCUCUUUCUUUUGAGUUUGACUCAUCUCAGUCGCUGUAUGAACAGCUUACCAAGGCGCAACAAGCCAAUUCUUCAUCUUUCUCUGCCCACGCAAGUACGACAUAUGGCCAGUCCACUUCUCCCGUCGUUCGGUCCGUUGACGCUAUGCCUCCACCGCAGAUGGCCCCAUCCGCCAUGGCGAUGCUCCCGGAGGACACUGGCAGCGCAGUUCUGUACAACCAGAUGUCGAUGAAACGGGAGGCAGACUACGCCCAGAUGCAGUAUGAGCGAGGCGCCAGUAUCCCAAUCAAUCGCCUACACCAGCGCCAUACCUCCAUGCCUUCAUACAUGGAAUAUUCCCCUGCGCCGUCGUUUGUUUCAUCUCAAUUUGAAGACUAUAGCAACCGAGGCAUCUCCUUUGAACCAAUUACGCCUCCUCAACAGCCUAUGCUAGCCGCUGAGCCCGCAUACAUUGCCAACGAAGAGACUGGUCUCUACACUGCGAUCCCGGACGUUGGGUCUACUGCAUACCACCCCAUGAUGCAACUGCCGCCUUCAAACUUUUCUACUCCACUUGGCGCGACUUCUCGUCAUUUCCAAGGAAACGUUUUCUCCGUUAUUGAGGGGUCACCCACCUACAAGCAACGCCGGCGUCGCUCCUCCAUUCCACCUGGCAUUACCAAUGCUAUUGCUGCAGCCCAAGUAUCAGGCGCGACGACACAGCCAACCAGCUACGCUGCAUACAGGCCAAGCGACCUCCGGCGUUCCGUUUCAAAUUCUGUAGGUCCCGUCACAGAAGCCACUGACACAAAUGACCAAUCUGCUUCUGGAAACCUGCAAAACGAUUAUACCUCGAGCGUCACAUCUCAGAAAAACAUGCUUCAUGAAGUUUCACGUACCGGAACCCCUCUCCCUAGCCUUGAAGAAGGUGUUGAGCACUCCCAUUCGAUGAUGCAACAACAACAACAACAACAACAACAACAACAACAAGAUGAGCUAGCUGGUCUUGGAGGCCAAGAUUCAAUCGAGAUGUCUGUUCCUCACAGUUUAUUGGGUCGAUCUGAUCGUCCCGGCCCAGUGCGUCGCGCCCGGAGUGCCACGAUGAUGGAGCUAGGGCCAUAUCCACAGAAGUCUCAUUCUUGCCCAAUUCCAUCUUGUGGACGCCUCUUCAAGAGAUUAGAACAUCUGAAACGGCACGUGAGGACCCAUACACAAGAAAGGCCCUAUCCUUGUCCAUACUGCAACAAAGCCUUCUCCCGUUCAGACAACCUUGCACAACACCGCCGGACCCAUGAAACUCAGCAGGACGGCCACAACUCGCAGCAACCCCUGAGUGACGAGUACUUGGAGAACGAAGAAAAAGAGUUUGGUUCGCUCGAAGAAGAGUCACCAGUCUCGGAUACUCACAGUUUCGUCCACCCGAGCGUGGUUAGCAUGACACCGAUGUCUGCGGCCACAACCAUGUCAAUGGCCGCUAUGUCAACAAUGGUUGCCCCGCAUCUGAUAUCUCCACAGUAUUUGCAACAGCAGAUAUAAAUAAAUGAGGUCGCGUAUAAAGUUCAGAACACAGCUCUCUGACUCGUGACCUCGGCGCUAUAUGUUUCAAGUUUUGCCAAGAGCAAUGUUGGUUCGCUCUAUUGGCAAUUCGUAAAUUCUUAUUGAUAUAAUUUUCCGUGAAAUGUUUUCUUUUUUCUCUACUUAGAUCCUGUUCCCCCCGGGCUGUUGGUUAUGGGUUUUUUGGGCGAUACUGAUAUGUUCCAUGUACAUGACUUUUGUGUGUAUGUCUGUGUGUGGGUGUAAGUGCUUCGGAGUUUCUUACCAUAGUGAACAAGCUAUAUCAUUC